CUCGCCUCCGCCGGCCUGUCUGAUAAAGAGAACCCACGCGACGCGACCGAGUCCUCCUCCGCGGCGCAAGAACCGGGAGUUCCGAGACUGCGUUUCGAAAGCCAUUAUCCUCCAGCCGUAAGAGACCGGGGAGGACGGUACCGCGUUCCCGUGACGUAACCCUAUUUCGUUCCAUUUAAGUUAGCUCUCAGCCUCCACGGUUUCGGCAUCGCUCGCCUAACGACGCGUCCGGGGGAUCGCCGCUCUGAGAUUCGGGCACGCAACAGUUUUCGUCUACGUUGAAUCGCCCGGCGCGAAGCCUGUAACCGAGUUUACCAGCUAAGUGUGUGACUUGUAAUAAUUGUUAUCAGCGAAACGUCUUUUUUUAACGCAAACAACUUCUUUUUGAAGUGACAAUGUUACCAGCCGCUGAGAGAAACAUCGCUCUGAGCUUGCAGAAGACGUAUACUUAAAUACUUUCUGGAAAGUUGCAUUCCUGGCACCCGUGUAACAGUGUGGCGGAUUAAAAAUGGCAAAAGUACUCGAGGCUCUACUACGACUGUGGCCUCAGUGGUUCGCAACUCUAAUAGUGACCCUGUUGUCCAUCAGUAUUGGUCUCGCGAUCGGUUGGACGUCGCCUUACUUGGCACAACUGACCGGCGAGGAUCCGCCGUUUCGGGUAACGGACGAAGAAGGGUCCUGGAUAGCCUCUCUAUUGCCUCUCGGCCGUCUCUUAGGCGCCAUCAUUGGGUCUGUCACUUUAGAAUAUAUCGGUAGUAAGACGUCUGUCUUGUUCACGGGACUGCCGAUGAUCUUCAGCUGGAUUUGCAUAAUAUUCGCCACUUCCCCCGUAUGGCUGUACGUCGCGAGGAUAUUUUCAGGUAUAUCGAUGGGAAUGAUAUUCAGCUGUUAUCCGCUUUAUAUCGGUGAAAUUUCGACGCCAUCGAUCCGCGGCGCCUUGGUGUGUAUGAUUAUCAACGGACUCCCCAUAGGCGCGCUCUUCGGUAACAUAAUAGGUGCGAAUAUGUCGAUGAUGUAUUUCGGUAUCAUUAGCUUGAUACUGACGCUAUGCUACAUGGCAAUCUUUCCAUUCUUGCCGCAAUCACCGUAUUACCACGUACGACGCAAUGACACUAAAAGAGCGGAACAAGCCAUUCGAUGGUAUUAUCGAAAAGUUGAUGUAAAAAGCGAAAUGGAGUCUGUGGAGCAUUUUGUGAAGUCAACGUGUACAAUGAGCAUGAGGGAACGAUUGGAGCAGAUAAAAGAGCCGAAGAAUCGUCGCUCUUUCAUAAUGAUAAUAUUAUUAUUCAUGUUUAUGCAACUCAGCGGACUGAACACUAUUAUAUUUUACAUGGAGAUUAUUGCGAGAAAGGCAAUGGUCACGUCGAUCACACCUUCGAACCUAGUAAUCAUCGUCAGUGCAACUUGUAUAAUUGUCGGCUGGGCGAGCGUAUUCGCCAUCGAUCGUUGUGGUCGCAGAAUCCUAUUAGCGAUCUCAUCCUUCGGCGUGAUGAUCAGUAUGGCGUUGUUAGGUUUGCAUUUCGUCCUGCUGGACUAUGACUUCGAUCCCAGUAAUCUGGAGUGGGAGGUGAUCUUGGCGUUACUGCUGUUCCCGCUAAUGUGUUUCGGACUCACACCAGUACCCAGCACGAUGCUGAGCGAAAUAUUUCCGUCUGACUUGAAAAGCAUGGCUGGAUUCAUCGGGGGCGUCACGGCGGCGGUAUUCGCGUUCGUCGCCUCGAGGACAUAUCAGCCUCUGGUAGAUCUCAUCAGCGAGAAGUAUGUCUUCUGGUUCUACGCAGUGAUCAUCAUGAUCAGCCUCGUGUAUUCGCUCACCGUGGUGCCAGAGACGAAAGGAAAAACGCUGCAGGAAAUUCAAGACAUGAUGGCCGCAAGAAGUGCCACUGAUAGAUCACAACAAGAGAUGCGCGUUGAAAAUGGAAGUAGUCAAACGUAGCGAAUUUCGUAACUCUUUCAGAAUAUAGAAUAGUAUUUAAUUUAGUUACGAGAGAAGAAGAUAUGUAUGUGCUUUUUUUAUAAUACUGUAUAUACAACUAUGAUUUAUAUAAAUAAUUGUAAAAGGAAUUAUUUGUGAUAUAAAAAAUAGCUGAUUAUAAACAACCGUAUAAAUCAGCGGAAUAGAUUCAAGAUUAAGUACAAAUGAUUAUUUAGAAUUAGAAAUGGAAAAAGAUGAAACUGCUUGCCUAAAAAUCUUGGUCAUUUAGGUGAACAGUGCCAUUUGAAUUUUUUGUCGCGUAUAAAAAAUAAAAAUAUCAGCAUAAUCACAUAA